AUGCUUAUCCGGUGUCGCAGCGGGCUGACUAAGCAUGAUCUAAUCCACCCUUUCCACCUCCACAAGUCGACAUUUCGCUCUUCAAAACUGAGCUUUGCUCUGCUCUGCCCUUCGUAUCACCAUCAUCUCACCUUAUCUUCUACGACAAUGCCCGUAUUCCAACCAGCAAACCAGAUCAAACUCACAAACGUAUCCAUCGUGCGUCUGCGCAAGGGCGGCAAACGCUUCGAGAUCGCCUGCUACAAGAACAAGGUUCGCGAAUGGCGCACCGGCGUAGAGACUGACCUCGACGAGGUGGUCCAGAUCGAAAACGUCUUUGUCAACGUAUCCAAAGGUCAAGUCGCGCCCUCGGACGACUUGCAAAAGGCUUUCGGCACUGCAGAUGUCCCAACCAUCUUGCAAGAGAUUCUCAAAAAGGGAGAGUUGCAGGUGGGAGAAAAGGAGAGGCAGCACGAACUCUCCAAUACCUGGAAGGACAUUGCGACGCAGGUGGCUGAAAAGUGUGUCGACCCGGCAAGUCAGAGGCCCUACACUGUGGGUAUGAUCGAAAAGGCCAUGCACGAUGUACACUAUUCCGUAAAGACGGGCAGAAGUGCAAAGCAGCAGGCUCUGGACGUCAUCCGUCUCUUGCAAGAGAAAAAGACGAUCCCCAUCGAACGUGCCCGCAUGCGCAUCCGCAUCACCAUGCCCAACAAGGACGGCAAAAAGAUCAAGGACAAAAUCCUCGCCCUCACCGACAAGGUCGAAGACGAAGACUGGUCAGACCAGUGGGAGCUCAUCGCCUCGAUCGAUCCAGGUGCGCUCAAAUCCAUCAACGAGCUCAUCGAGUCCGAGACCAAGGGCAGAGGAAACGUAGAGACGCUCAAUUUCACCACCAUCCGCGAAGGCGACGGCGAUGAAAGGUUGGAGUGA